GCCACCUGGUCAGCUGGGAACUUCAGAAGGCAAAGUGCUUUCGCCACUUUUCAGCCUUCUAAAUAUGGGUCAUCAGGCCUCUAAACUCGUAAUCCCCCAAGGCCAGUUUCACGGUAAAACACCCUGGUUUGCCCACCAAUGUACUACUCUCGGAGUGCUCUCCUAAUUUUAUAUUAGUAGCACACCUCAUUGUGAAACAAAGCAUACCGUGUCAGAGUGCGCCUUGGCACGGCUGAGGCUCAUUCAAGGUAGGGAGUACCCAUGUCGAAAAUCAUACAAAAGAUCAAGUUCAGUCAUUAGUAUCCACGGAUGUCGUACUACUAGUACAUGAAAGGGGCAGUGACGAUGCUCUGAUUGGUAGGUAAUCUCACAGCCCUGGGCUUAGUAACCUGUCCUAUAACUACAACUUUUCUAUACAAUAUAAAAGAAACCUCCAUUCCUCUCUUAUUUCAACAGUUGCUCUACACAGCGCAGUACUUGCACAUUCCUUCUUUUCAUAGGACCUCCACUUUUACACUCCAUCCAAACAAAUCACCGAUAUUCUUGGUUCAUAACUUCGAAUCCCAAUGGAUAAGAAUGGCAAAAAAGUCGUCAGAACCGGAGUGAAUGUCUUCGUCUUUAAUAAAAAUGGUCAAUUCGUGAUGGGACUCAGAAAAGGCAGCCAUGGCGAGGGUACCUGGGGUCUCCCUGGAGGCCACAUAGAUUUCGAAGAAAGCCUCGAGGCUUGCGCAGAGCGCGAAAUUCACGAAGAGACGGGCUUCAAUAUCUCCGAUGUCGAGUUUCUCACUGUUACAAACGAUGUCUUCAAGGAGGAGAAAGAGAAGAAGCACUACACUACCAACUUCUUUGCGGCCAAACUUGAGGGUGGCGCAGGUAACGCUGUGCUUAAGGAACCGCAUAAAUGCGAUGGAUGGAAGUGGUUCACCUGGGAAGAUGUCAAGGAGCUUUAUGAGGCACAAGAUGCUGCUGAGAAAGCGGACAGGGUCUCUGAGUUUGAAGGGGAGAAACUGUUCCUCCCCACGAUGAACUUGUUCCGGCAACGAGCAAAGCUUCAUCCACUGGAGGCGUAUAACGCGAUACUGAGAAAUGAGAACAAGAAGCCUGUGGUCGUUUCUGCGUUCGAUCUUCUGUCUGCUCAUCACUCGCUCGAUGAAUGCUGUAAUUGAGGAGCCAAGGCAGAUUGAAUGACAUACGCUAUGCUUUUCGACGCCAGUUGGAAACCAGUCCAUGAUUUUUUUUUCUUCCUUUUUGAUCUGUGCCAUGAAGUACGACGAUAUGCUUCCAAUUACGACGAAUUGUUUCUGCUUACUUCCUUCAACAACUUUGUACCUCUACGCUUGCUAUCACUUUUAGUAUGGACUAUGAAUACGUUGUCAUUCUCUUGA